AUGGCUUCCCUACAGCGAUCCGCUGCCCCCCUGCGCAGGGUCCUCCACUCCAGAGCUUCCACCGCCGCAGUGACGACGACGACGGCCACAAGGGGUCUUGCCACCGUCCCCUCCCCCUCCGACGACAGCGCCAAGCCGAAACGCAAAACAUACUUUAAAGACACGACUGUCGCCUCUCUCGACGACUUCAUCGGCGGCAAGGGCGGCAGCAGCGGCGGCGACGCGCUGAGUCAGUCGGCGGCGUACGAGCUGCGCACCGCCCAGGUCGGCCCCGAGGGCAAGAAGCGGACCAUUACGCGGCUCCCCGAGUGGCUCAAGACGCCCAUCCCCGCGGGCAACGACAAUUUCAAGAAGAUCAAGGCGGACCUGCGGGGUCUCAACCUGCACACGGUGUGCGAGGAGGCCCGGUGUCCCAACAUCUCCGAGUGCUGGGGCGGCAGCGACAAGUCGGCGGCGACGGCCACCAUUAUGCUCAUGGGCGACACGUGCACGCGGGGCUGCCGCUUCUGCAGCGUCAAGACGAGCCGCGCGCCGCCGCCGCUCGACCCUCACGAGCCCGAGCACACGGCCGAGGCGCUCGCCCGCUGGGGGCUCGGCUACGUGGUGCUGACGAGCGUCGACCGCGACGACCUCGCCGACGGCGGCGCCCGCCACUUUGCCGAGACGAUCCGCAAGAUCAAGCACAAGAAGCCCUCGCUGCUCGUCGAGGCCCUGACGGGCGACUUUGGCGGCGACCUCGACAUGGUCCGCAUCGUUGCCGAGAGCGGCCUCGACGUCUACGCCCACAACGUCGAGACGGUCGAGGGCCUGACACCGUACGUCCGCGACCGCCGCGCCACUUUCCGUCAGAGCCUCAAGGUCCUGAAACAUGUCAAGGACGUUCGCGGCGACCAGGGCAUCAUCACAAAGACGAGCAUCAUGCUCGGCCUCGGCGAGCAGCAGCAGGAGCUCGUCGACGCCAUGACGGAGCUCCGCAAGGCCGGCGUCGACGUCGUCACCUUUGGCCAGUACAUGCGGCCCACGAAACGCCACCUCAAGGUCGAAAAGUACAUUACCCCCGACGAAUUCGAAAUGUGGCGCCAGCGCGCCCUCGACAUGGGCUUCCUCUACGUCGCCAGCGGCCCUCUGGUGCGCUCCUCGUACAAGGCCGGCGAGGCCUUUAUCGAAAAUGUCCUCCGGAAACGUGCAGGCGACAAGGCGCCCAUUGCAGCAGCACAGGCCACUCUCGAUCAGUCCGUCAUCGUGGACGGGCGUACCGGGCCGUAG